AUGUACAGCAAAGCUGCCCGGAGGCGUGCAUCACAAGUCACCAACAAUGGAAACUCUACAGCCAAAUCACUGGAGACGAAUUCUGCUACGACAGUGACAGAGAGAUCUACUGAACUUUUAGAAGGCACUGUGGGCGAUUAUGUACAGGUCUUGCUGGCAGCAACUUCCGAUCAAAAUUCCACGGACGAUCUGAGUGAGGAGGCCACUGAUCCCACAGGACCACAUUCGUACGACUUCCAAACAGCUGCUCUCUCCAAUGAACCUGGUCGAGAACACAUUGUAGAAGCUACGGGGUUCUCAGGUGUUGUACCAUCAUCAGGCACCUCACAAGCUAUCGACUUGUCGGUUCUCCAAGUCCCAGGAGCUCACACAAAUGAACUCGAUUUCGAUCCAGUUUCUUUCGCCCAAACAUUGGACGGCCUCGACUCGGCGAAUUGGCUUCUUGAAGAUGAGUUCGAUAUUUCCAUCUUUGAUAAUCUGAACACUUGGCACACACCAGAUCUGCAGAACAUUUUGAGCAACGAUACUAGUGAACAGCUUCUGAUACCUCAGCGUGCCCCGCCAAUCAACAAACGAACUAUGCCAAAUGUGUCUGAUUUAAGGCAUCAUUGGUACACGCAAGUCCCAUUAAUGGCGUCAGGCUUUGCUAUCGGCUCAAGACCCAUGACUCCGGGUGAUGUUAGGGAGGAUCGUGGCGAGGACAUUGACGAAAGCUAUCGUGCAAAAAUGGCCUCCAAAUUACGAUUUCCUGAGCGGAAUGAACCCCUUCCGACGAUUGAAUUCAUGAACCUUUGCAUCCACCUCUUUUUCACCCGAUUCAAUGUGGCUCUUCCCAUUGUUCACGGGCCUACCUUUCGGCCGACAACAGACACUGCCCUAUUGGUGCUUUCAAUAUGCUCUGCAGGCACGCUAUGUUUGGGCUCGGAUGUUGCAGCCCGAACAGGAUGUAUGCUCUUUGAACGAGUCAACAAGGCUCAUUUGAGUGCACCGUUCGAGAGGUACAUAUCUCGCAGACCAGCUGGAGUGCGUACAACGUUGAAAGCAUCAAUGAUUGGUCAAACAUUUGCAUUACUCUCCGAACAUCCAUAUCAUCUCACCACUGCAUCUUCAUACCAUGGAACACUUAUCUCGGUUGCUCGUCACGCUCGGAUACUUGGAGAUGUUCCUAAGUUCAUCCUCCCUGGCAAUCUCUCUGCCAAAGAGUUGCACAAAGCCUGGCUUAAAUGGGCUCAGGCAGAGGAGAUGAAACGCUUAUAUGGAACUGAUAGCAUUGCAUUACUUCUGCACAUCCAUGACGCAGAGCUUGCAGCUUUGUUUCAUCAUGAACCGAUCUUCCGUCACAACACAGCUUCACUGCCCACCAUUUCAUCAGCAGAAUUGUUCAACGCUCCCUCAGCUGCUGUCUGGGCAGCAAGACUCAGGAAGGAAGAACAGAUUAGUAUACUUGAUCCGAAACUUUCUGCAGGGUCAAGAGAAUCAUGGGCGAUAGAAACCCGCCAGCGAACCCCGAUGCUACUAAGAUAUGCCAGGCUCUCGGGACUUAGUGCGUCGAUCGCGGAGUGCCGAUACCUGAAGCAGCUCACGUUCGAGAUGAUCGCAAAGCUUGAGUCUGAGCUCAUCUUCUGGCACCGCAAUUUCUCUGAACAUAUGGGCACGAUUGGGGAUCAUAAUGGAGCUUUAUCAUCAACCACCACCGAAGCACCUUUUAGCCUCAUGCCGUUGUGGCACUAUUCGUUCAUAACUUUGAUGGCAGAUAUCAACGUCCUCGAACUGGCGAUCGGAAAAGAAGGGUCCGAUGUUGCUUCUUCCGUCAGAGAGUAUGUGGUAUCGUGGCUGUCCUCCCCGGAUUCGAAGCGAUGUCUCCUCCAUGCACUCCUCCUGCAAAACUUCAUGGUAAAUACCAGCAUGGGUUCCGUUAUGGCAAUUCAUACGCCCCGCAUCCUUUUCGCUUCUGCAGUCUGCUGGGCGUGCUAUAUGCUCUAUCGCCCAAGUGUCGCCCCUCUCACUUCCUCUUCGAACCCGAAUCUCAAUUCCCACUCCACAACAGCACCACCCACCACCGACACCUUCUCAUGGCUAGAACUGGAGCUCCUACCCGAGAUCCGCGCGCUAGACAGCAUGUCCCACACUACACAGUCCUCUUCCUCCUCCACCACCACCACUACCACAUUCAUACCUUCCCUCCCCUCAAGCUACACGGGCAAACAAGCGAUUGGGGCCCUCAAAUCGAUCCUGAACGCCAACAACGCCGAGAUGAAGGCGGCGACACUCUGCGUGCUAGAAACAAUGCUACGCCGCCUCGGCGCAAGUGGCAUAUCCCGGCGUUUUGCGGAUAUCAUCCAAAUCCUCAUCGCUGGAGAUGGGCGAGAUGAGUGGGCGGGUACGGAUUAA